CAACACACUGGGAAUAAGUGCACAGAGGAACCUGUACUUGAAGGAGAACUUCCUCCUGGCUCUACCUGCUGGUCAGAGGAAGGAACUACAAUCCAUUCCAUCCAGCAGCCCACAAGUCUUUUUGGUCCUGGGAAUCAGGUGCAGUGGGAGAGCCAAUUGGAUGCAACUGAAGGAUUUAAAGACUCACUUAUGAAGUAGGCUGUUGUGAGCAUACGAGGGGAGCACUGAUGGGGCAGGGAAUAUGCAGGUGAAAGGUUUUGACUCCUACAGACCCCAAAUCCCCAUAAUCAAAGAAGCAAUACACUCCUAGCAGUGGCGGAGCUUCAUGCUGGGGCACCGGGGAGUGGAGACCAGGCGGGGGCGGGGCUGGCCCAGCGCAGGUGGGGGGGACAGCCACGAUGGCACCCCACUGGGAUCACGCUUCCUCGGGCAGUGCGCUUCCCCUGACCCCUCCAGUGACUUCUGGUUCAGAUGACGCCUAAUUGAACCGUCCACCUCCCCCCAGAUGAAAAGUCAACCCACAAGGUGGACCCCAUUUAGCUCCACUGAGAUCUAUAGAGAACUUCAACACCAUUCGUGCCUCCAUAAAAUUCAGUAUCACAACUUUGACCCACCCCUGAUGUUCUGUCUGCAGAUGUAUCUCGACUCCACUAAGUUAUCUCGGGAUGAACACAUGAUGACAACAUCAGUGCCUUCGUCUUUUUUUCCCUAUCCAGUGUUAUUUAUUGUUUCCAAGAAGCGUAAUCAUAAACUCUGUAAUUUAAUCUACCCUUCCUUCUGAAAGAAUGAUCAAUAAAUCACAGAG